CAGGUGGGGAAAUACGACACUGGGAGUUCAUUCCAAUAGGGUCAAUGGCAAAACGUUGCGUGAUCCUUAUGCUAAUAACUCUUUCACUAACUAUAUAAAGCUAGUCACUAUCAAUAUUCCACAGAUAUAGCAAUAGAAAUGAAGAAGCUUAGCUGCAUCGUUUGCUCGUAUUACGAGUAUUUUGUGUUAAUCGUUAGCUUUGUCGGUGCUGUCCAUGCGAACUUAUUGGUAUCUACAACUUCUGGCACCGUAAAGGGGAAAAAAGUGGACACAACGGAAGGACAAGUUUAUCAGUAUUUAGGAAUACCAUACGCUCAAUCACCUACUGGAGCCAACAGAUUUAAACCACCUAAACAUCUACCAGCUUCGGCUGCUUCUUUGCGAUUCGAUGCUACCGAUUUCGGACCCGCUUGCUACCAGCCACCUCAUUCUGUGGAAGUGAUUAGUCCUUUACUGAGAACUAGAGAUAUGAUAAUCGACGAAGAUUGCCUGAAUCUGAAUAUUUAUGUACCCAAAAUCGAAACAAACGAAAAGUUGCCUGUAAUGAUCUGGUUGCCCGGAGAAGGAUUCGAUUAUGCAGAUGCUAGACAAUUUGAAGGAACUUACUUAGCUUCUUUAGGUAAAGUGAUUCUCGUUACAGUUAAUUAUAGAGUUUCAGUCUUCGGUUUUCUAUCCUCCGAAACGGAGGAUGCACCGGGCAAUGUCGGGCUUUUAGAUCAAAGGAUGGCUUUCCGCUGGGUGGCUAAAAAUAUCGAAAAGUUUGGAGGAAAUUCCAAAAAUGUAACUCUUUUUGGCAGAUUUUCCGGUGCGAUGAGUAUUAGCAUGCACAUGACAUCGACUUACGCGCUUAAUCAAGAAAAAAAGUUAUUUGAUAGAGUUAUAUUACAGAGUGGCAUUGCUGUUGGCUCUUGGGUGUUUGAUCACGAUCCAUCUUUAGCAUUUUCACAGUUAGUCGAGUUAACUAAAUGUUCGAGAAACAGAAAAUUAGAAACAGUAAAGUGUCUACAAAACCUUCCAGCCGAAAUAUUAUUAAAACACUCUCUUCAAGUACCGCAAAGAUGGAGACCUAUUAUCGAUGGAAAGUUUCUUACAGAAGAGCCAAUGGAAGCAGUAAAAAAAGGAAAAUAUGCUGACGUUGAUGUUAUUUUAGGAAACAACGAGGACGAAGGAAGUCUCUGCUUGCUAACUUUGUAUGCACAUAAGUCUGAAUUAUAUAACGAGAUUCAAAAGAAAGAUAUAACAGAAAAUACAUUCAAGCGAUUGAUAGCAGACAAUCUCUUCCAGUAUUUUGGCAAGGAAAAUAAUCGGAUAGAAAAAAUUGUUACGCACCAUUACAAAUAUCAACAUCCAUCUCUCCGCCGUAAUUUUAUCGAUUUUUGUGGUGACUUAUUCAUCAAGUCUAGAAUCGAUCAGUUUUCUCGCUUGCUUGCUACUAAUAAUAAUAAAAAAGGAAGAGUAUACAGAUAUAUUUUCGCUCAUCGACCUUCAUUCUCUAAUCAACCACAAUUUUUAACUGCAACUCUUGGUGAUGAUGUUUUAUUUUCACUUGGACUCGUCUACCAAUUGGAUGAUAUUUACGAAGAGAAGUUAUUAAGUCGGAGAAUGGUGGUUUUAUUCGCUAAUUUCGCUCGAUUCGGUAAGCCGGAUCAAUUUCAACAAGCUUUUAAAUCCAUUUGGCCAGAAUUUACAGCGAAAGAAAAACACAUUGCCAAAUUUUCUUCCGACAUCGAAAUUAUCGACGGAAUUAGCUUUGAUAGAACCAAUGAUUUGUGGUUUCAAAUUUUACCUUCAUUAAAGCCGAUUGAAGAAGAAAGUACCGAAAUUUCUAAUUAUAUACUCGCAUCAGAUCUGAGUGGAACGGAAAAGAAGUCGAACGUGUACUUGAUUGAUAAAAUAAUAUCCAACGAAACGACAGAAUACGUUUUAAUAGGGUUAAUGUCCUUUACUAUUAUUCUGUUGAUAAUGAUAAGUGCGAUUUUAGUCGCCUAUGUCGUAUCUAAAUCGAAAUUUUACACUAAAUUAAACGAAAGUGUGAGUUGAAAAAAAUUAAAAUCUUUCACUUUUCAUUUAAUUGUUGGUUUUACAACAGUGCAUAAUCCCAUUUCGUAACUUAUAUUUGACGAUCAUCAAUAUAUAUUUUUAUUGAUAAAUUUUUAUUGAUCAAUCAAAACGUCCAAAGUCUUUCAUCUGUAAUAUAGAUCUAAUUACUGUAACAUAGGCUUUGUUUGUGACUUUUUGUUGGUUCCCCGUUUGAUUUGUCAUCAAAAUAUCCUUUUAAGUAUUAUUUUAUUCUGUAAUAUAAAUGACUUUUACCAUCUGAUAUUUUUGUUUUAGAAAAUAUCUUUCUAGUCGUAAAAAAUUGAGAGUCAGUGUUGUUAUUGUACUGAAUACUCGUUAUCUUACGAAUACGGUGAGGAAAAAUAAAUAAAUAUUUUACAACAAAUUAAUUAAAGA